AUGCGGGCGCGGCCAACGAGGUCAGGGAGGAACGCGGCGAGCGGCCAGCGUGGGCUCAGCGGCGGGCGUGCACGCCAGAGCCAGGUGGAGCACCGGCGGCGCGGGCAGGCGCGCCAGGAGCAGGGGAACCGGGGCGCGGCGGCGGCAGCGCAGCAGCGGGGCGGCAAGCGCGCGAGCAGGGGGCGGCGCGGGGUGCGGUCAGCUCGAGCGCGCACUGUGGCGCGGGACGCGGCCGGUGCGUGCGGUGGAGGGCGGUGGCGGCAUGGCGAGCGCGUCGCGGGUGCAGAGGCCGUGAAGCGCGGACGUGCCGGCGAAGGCGAGCGGUCGGAGCGAACGGCGAGUGCGGGGAGAGGAGGAGAGGUCGGGGCUCACGGCGGGUCGUAG